AUGGGCCAAUCCGUGAGCCGAGAUGACUUUAUUUGGACGCUCACUGAUCAGCCGCAUAUGAGUCGACGAGAAGCGAUUUCAAAAAAGUAUCCACAAAUCAAAAAGCUGUUCGGUGUCGAUCCUUCGCUGAAAUAUGUCGUCACAAGUAUGGUCCUGUUCCAAGUUUUCAUGUGCUGGCUCCUUCAAGACGCAGAUUGGACUCUCAUACUUCUACAAACGUAUUUUUGCGGUGGAAUUAUCAAUCACGCGCUGACUCUCGCAAUUCACGAUAUCUCGCACAAUACCGCUUUUGGAAAUGAGCAUCCGUUGAAGAAUCGAUUCUUCGGAAUUCUGGCGAAUUUGCCGAUUUCUGUGCCGGUUUCGGUGUCGUUUAAGAAAUAUCACGUUGAACAUCAUCGAUAUUUAGGUGAAGAUGGUCUUGAUACUGACGUUCCAACCGAAUUAGAAGCAAAACUAUUCACAAGCACAUUCCGCAAAUUCUUGUGGCUCGCUUUCCAGCCAUUCUUUUAUGCUUUUCGUCCAUUGAUCAUCUACAAAAAAGCACCAACCGAUAUGGAGAUUCUCAACGCGAUUGUUCAAUUUUCAUUCGAUUUCGCAAUUUAUUAUUUCUUCGGCAUCAAAUCACUGCUCUAUUUGUUCAUCGGCACCCUUUUGAGUAUGGGGCUUCAUCCAAGCGCCGGGCAUUUUAUCGCCGAACAUUACGCAUUCAAGGAGGAUCAAGAGACGUUCAGUUAUUAUGGACUUUGGAAUUAUUGCACAUUCAAUGUUGGAUAUCAUGUCGAACAUCAUGAUUUCCCGUAUAUUCCGGGACGAGAUUUGCCAAAAGUGCGCCAAAUUGCACCGGAAUUUUAUGAAAAUCUUUAUCAGCAUCAAUCAAUGACUAAGAUUCUCACCGAUUUCGUAUUCGAUCCAUCAAUGGGACCAUAUGCUCGACUGAAACGGAAACCACGGGCUUCUCAGCAAUUCUAUGGAAAUUACCAAUUAUGGCAGUAUGCUGAUGCGUUUUUGCAUUAUAUUGGCUUCUACCGCUCCGCCGAUCUCAACAAUAACAGCAAAAAAGGUCCCACCACCACCACCACCACCACACACAAAAUGAAGUCCAUGUGCUCGAUCGUUGCCGCUCUUGUGCUCAUCAUCGCCGUGUGCGACGCGUUCUCGCCGGAUCGUCUCAUUCCACUUGUCGAUUUCCCAUCACGCAGCGAAUAUGAUUACGCUAGAAGCCGCUUCCUUCCUGUUAAGGAACGCCGUGGCGCGCUUGACGGAUUCGAGGACAUGUCCGGAUUCUUGCGUCAAAUCGACGGAAUUCAAAAACCAAGAUUCGGUUGA